AUGGAGUGGUUAACAAGCAUCGAGGGCCUGAAUGCCCGUCAGGAGCUGGAUGCGUCCGUUCGUGAGCACCACCCUAACUUGCUUGAUGAGGAGGUCGACCUCAUUGUGGACGGUCGUCUACUACGCAUGGUUCGGGAGCGCGCGGCGGAGCAAGCACCUGCGAGCGGCCAGCAAGGAGGAACCGGUGAAGGAGGAGCUGUGCAAGAGGCUCCAACUGCGACCCAGUUAGCCCAACUCAGGAAGGGAGAUGAUGAGACGGCGGAAUCCUACUGCAAUAGGGCCCGCACCAUCCGAGCGGAGCUGCUGACCAUUGGACAGGAGGUCCACAUGGCCACGUUUGCCGCUCAUGUGCUGAAGGGCCUGCCACCGGAUGACGGAUUUCUUCGCCGCAAGCUCGAUAUUUCCAGCCCUGACAUGACGGUGGAACGUGUGUGCAGCGAGGUGUUGAUGGAGGAGCAGACUCUCUCCAUCGAACAGAGCUACAAGCAGAUCACCAAUGAUGCAUCGGCUUUCUCUGGCGAUGUCAAUACGAUCGUGGCUACAACGGGGAUCAACGGGAAGGAAGGGAAAGGAGGAAGGGAGCAGAUGGACAAGAAGAAGGAUGGCAAGCGGGAGAAGAAGCGAGCCCCCUUCAAGGGGCGCUGCUGCAACCGCAAUGAGGAGGGGCACAUGGCUGCCAAGUGCCCCAACAAGAAGAAGGAUACAACACGCGCGGCAGCCGCGAACGUAGCCGAAGGAGACGGGAAGGGCGUGGCGCUCACCGUCGCGUGUUCGGCUGCAAAGUUGCUGGCCGACGACAAGGACUUGUGGUUCCUUGACUCUGGAUGCUCCCAACACAUGACCGGCCGCAAGGAGUGGUUCACGGUGAUCCGUGACCCAUCUGCGACGAAAUCCGUCAAAGGGUUUGAUGGGUCCAUGCAGGAAGUUGCCGGUGUUGGCGAGGUUUUGCAGUAG